CUCUUAACUUUUAUCCUUACAUUAAAUUAUGGCACCACCUAACAUUGAAUUGACUUGUCAAGACGGACAAAGUCGUUCGUUUGACUUUGCAGCACCAACAGGUCCUAUUGAUACAAAAGAUAUUGGAACCCCUGAUGCUCAUGUUUCAAGAGAUCCUAACUUAACUCGAUUGACAGGAAAACACCCUUUGAAUGCUGAAUCUCCUGUAAAGCUAUUGUUGGAACAUGGAUUCAUUACACCCAAUGAACUUCAUGUUGUCAGAAAUCAUGGUCCUGUCCCUAAAAAUGAUUUUGAGACUCAUACAAUUUCAAUUGGUGGUUUGGUCAACAACCCUAUCACUAUUACAAUGAAAGAUUUGCUUGAAAUGCCUUCUCAUACCUUACCUGUUACUAUUUGUUGUGCUGGUAAUAGACGUAAAGAGCAAAAUAUUAUUAGACAAUCUAUUGGUUUCUCUUGGGGCGCAGGAGGUGUUAGCACUGCUUAUUGGACAGGUGUAUUCCUUAGAGAUGUAAUCAACAAAUUUGCUGGUGGUCUUAAGCCAGAAGCACUUCAUAUUUGUUUAGAAGGAAAUGAUGCUACUGCUAAAGGUCCUUAUGGUACUUCACUUACUGUGAAUCGCGCCAUGUCAGAAGAAUAUGAUAUUCUUAUUGCUUAUAAGAUGAAUGGUCAACCAAUUCCUUAUGAUCAUGGUUAUCCAGUUCGUUGUGUCGUGCCUGGUUGUAUCGGUGGUCGUAGUGUAAAAUGGCUUUCCACUAUUGAAGCUACUACACAUGUUUCUCAAAAUCCUUAUCAAGAUGCUGAUAAUAAGGUUUUCCCUCCUACCGUCUUAACUCCUGAUCAAGCUACAGCUGAAAAAUGGUGGUCUAUUCCUGACUAUUCUGUCUAUGACUUGAAUAUCAAUAGUGUGAUCGCUGCCCCUUAUCAUGGCUCAAAGAUUCCUCUUAAUGAUCUGAAUGCCACCGUCACUCUUCGUGGUUAUGCUUAUGGUGGUAGUAACCGUAAGAUUACUCGUUGUGAACUUACCUUGGAUGAUGGUAAAACUUGGAGAUUGGCCAAGAUUCAUAACGAGAUGAAGGAAGCCGCUGAUCGAUAUGCUACUGAACAUUUUGGUUUGGAUAUGUCUCGUAAUACAUCUGCCUAUUGGGAAUCACGUAACUGGACUUGGGUCUUUUGGUCUCUUGAGAUUCCUGUUUCUGACCUUUUGGGUAUCAAGGAAAUUUGUCUCAAGUGUUGGAAUGAUGCGAAUAAUUCUCAGCCCAAGGAACCUACUUGGUCCUUGAUGGGUAUGCUUCAUAACGCUUGGUAUCGUGUUCGUGUUCAUUUAGUAAAGGAACCUGAAUUGGCUCUUUUGUUUCAACAUCCUACUACUCUUCCUGGUGAUGUCACCUUGAAGGAUAUUGACCUUCCUGGUUGGUUGGAAGGAGAAAAGAAAGAAGAAACUCCUUCUGCUGCUGCUACCGCCGCCGCUGCUACUAAAGAAAAAUCGAAUGAUGGCAAAAAAUUGAAAACAUAUACACUUGAAGAGGUAGCCAAGCAUGCAACUGAAGAUGAUUGUUGGAUUGUUCUUAAUGGUCUCGUCUAUGACUGUACUCCUUUCUUGAAUGAACAUCCUGGUGGUGCACAAAGUAUUGUACUUGCAGCUGGUACUGACUGUACUGAUGAAUUCUUUGCUAUCCAUUCUGAAAAGGCAAUCAAUAUGCUUAAAAAAUAUCUUAUUGGUGAGGUCCAACAAGAAGCUGCCACCACUCCAGAGAAACAAGUAUCAUCAUCCCAGACUCAAAAAUCAAAUGUCAUUACUCCUUCUUCCCAAAGCACUAAUAAUAAUAAUACUACUACUACUACUGCACAAUCCUUCUUUGACCCACGUGUAUGGAAGAAACUCGUCUUACAAAAGAAAGAAGCAAUCUCAACUACCAUUCGUAAAUUUACAUUUGCUGUUCCCGAAGGCGUUGAUGAGGUACUUUCAUUACCUGUAGGUUUACACGUUUAUAUGAAGUUGAAGGAAGAUAUCAAUGAUCAAUCUGAAAAGCCAAAGAUCGUGAUACGUGCUUAUACUCCUAGUAAAGUAAAUCAAAAGACCAUCGAAUUUAUGGUCAAGAUUUAUUAUCCUUAUAACAACAUCCCUGGUGGUAAACUUACGACUACACUUGAUCAAAUCCGUAUUGGUGAAUUCGUUGACUUUAAGGGUCCCUUAGGUGAGAUUGAGUACUUUGGUAACUGUCAAAUCUCUCUUAAAGGCCAGAGACGUCACGUUGAUGAAAUCAGUAUGAUUGCUGGUGGUACCGGUAUUACCCCUAUGUGGCAAAUAAUUCAAGCCUUGGAAAAGGACAAUGUCAAUAAGCCACGCAUCUCACUUAUCUAUUGUGCUCGUUCAUUGAAUGAUAUCAUCUUCUAUAAGGAAUUAAAUGAAUUACAGGAAAAAUAUGGCUCCGAGUGUUUCCGUGUUAGAUUUAUACUCGAUGAAACACCUAAAGGGGUUAAAUGGGAAGGAGGUCAUGGUUAUUUCUGUAUGCAAGAAUUAAAGGAUCAUUUAUUCCCAUUCAAUAGAACUCAAUCAUCAACUAACUCAAGAAUUACUUUAUUAUGUGGUCCAGAACCUAUGAUGGAUAAAUAUUGUAAACCUUUAUUGAAGGAAGCCUUAGGCGAAGAAUAUGUCAAAAAGAAUGUUUUCGAAUUUUAAUCAUAUAAUAUUUGUUGAACCAAUAAAAAUCUUUCAUUUAUUUGUUUGUUAUAUUAAA